GUGUCUCUCAUGAAUAAAUAAAGAAAAUCUUUUUUAAAAAUAAAGAUUAUUAUAACCCUGUGAGGUAGGUGCUAUUUCUUCCUCCUAUUUUACACCUAAGGGAACGAAAGCUCAGGGGUUAAGUAACCUGAUCAAGCAGAAAUGUCUAGGAAGCCAGAAAUUAGGACUAGAAUUCAGGCAUCUGAAUACAGAGCCCUACUGUGUUCUCUAUUUGCCUUUUAUGUGUCUCACUGGAUUAUAAUUAAUCUUCAUUGCCUCUUUACUAGUCUAUACACUCACUGAGGGCUGGGCCCUGGCUUCAUUCUUAUCUGUAUCCACAGAUGAGCCUCCUCCCACACCCCAUCCCAUUAAUCUCCCCAUUGGCUGAUGAGGUUCUGUGAAGGAAAUCCAGGUGGCAACUUGAGCUGACCUCACACUGGUAACUCCAAGUCAGAACCCAAACAUUCCGUAGGGAACAUUUUCUUAGUUCCUCAGAUAAAUAGAGGGCAGAUACUGCACUAUAGCUAAAUAUUUCCUUUCAUUCAUAUGAUAAAAGACUAACAGUUUUGGAGUGAUGGACAAAGUUAGAAGUUCUUUCACCAUUCUAGUUUUGUUUUUAAUGGAAUAUCCAAUUCUUUUAUGCUUGCCUUAUGGAGGCUACAAACAGCUACAAACAUCCGCAAAUGUCACUAAGCAGAAAGGACUUACUUCAAGACCCAGAGCUCCGAGAUCUACUAUGCCCAACCAAUUCCCAAGGCAUCAUGGUAAUGGGAAGGGUGAUACACCUAGCCCUAUAAAGAACAACCAGAGUUUUAAGGCACAUUCGACACCCCUGAACACCGACACCUGGAAUGCAGCACUGAUUCCACACAGAUCUGCUCUUGUUCAAGUAAUUGUAAUUGCGUGCGUAGCCUUCAGCAUUGCCCUGAUAUGUGGAAUUACUAUUUCCUAUGUGAUAUAUCGGCUGGUCCAGGCUGAGGAAAGACAGCAACUGGUGUGGCUUUAUAACAAUGUCAGGAUACCAUUUCUGGAAGAUGAGGACGAGGUCUCUGAGGAUGAGAGCCAGGAUGAGUCCACCUACCUACUUCCAGAGAAUGAGAAAGAGCUGGAAAAGUUCAUUCACUCAGUUAUUAGAUCCAAAAGAAGAAAGCGUAUGGAAAACAAGAGAUUGAAGAAUGAACAAAUGUUCAUACAGGAUACAAAACUGAACAAUUCUCUGCACAGUGUAUUCUCAGAGAAUCUAUGAGAGCAAAUGAAAGAAAUGCAGAACGUGGUAGCCAGUGUGGAGCCAACAGUCACAGGGACAACCCACAACUGGGGACCUGAGAAUGACUUACUCCUGGAGAGCUCUGUUCAGAGCACUCUAAAGAAGAAAACUGGAAGUAUAUAACAGAAAAUAAAUCCAUAUGUACAA